AUGAUCGAAGAGAAGAAGGAACUUAAGAAACGCAGGGUUCUUCAAAUGGCCAGAUUUUAUGGUGCGGCCGCCUUCACCCUGAUUACCAUGAGGCUUAUCUCCAGGGCCAUAAAAGUACGAAAAUACGUCCCCAGCAUAUUUCAACAAAAUUACAAGCUUCCACCUUUUUCCCAAAGGAAUGAAGCCAUGUCAGCGUUAACGUAUGCAUCCGCCGCUUCAAUAGGUACGUUCAGCACAUUGAUAUUCGGCUUUUGUUGGGCACUUGACAUUUCAACGGCAAGAGAGUUUGUAUUUAAGACUAGAGAGUUCAUGAGCCUUCCACAAGCCUUAGAAACCGACACGAGCAUGGACGAAGAAACUUCCAAACUAACUAAGCAAUUGCAAGACCUCCUGUCGAGCGAAAACAACAAGUAG